AUUUUAGAAGCAAAAAUAUUGUACGCAAAAAUAUUCUCGAUCUCGCGAGAACUUGCCAACAUGACUCUUAUGAGUAACAUGGCCGACAUGGGGAACUUGUGGGAAGAUUUACGAAAACAGGCCCGGCAACUUGAAAAUGAAAUUGACCUUAAACUGGUGUCCUUUAGCAAGCUUGGAACCAGUUAUUCCUCUCAGAGAGACUAUGAAAGCCCACCAGCGAGUGAUGAAAAGAGUGACACGGCACCCCUGUUAAACAAGACAAGCAGUGAGCACAUGUUCGACACAAUGGCUAUGGAGAUUAAGCAACUAUUGGCAAAGUUGUCGGGGGUGAAUGAACGGAUGGUGGAGUACACACAGAACAUCAGCAUGAGUUCGCCCAGCGCCGCCCUCCUGCACACACUGCAGCGACAUCGCGACAUCCUCCAGGACUACACACACGAGUUCCAGAAGACGGAGGCCAACAUCACAUCACUGCGGGAGAGGGAGGAUCUGCUGGGCUCCGUACACAGAGACAUCAAUGCAUAUAAAAAUUCCUCUGGUUUGAAUAGAAGAACAGAUCUAUAUUUAAAGGAAAAUGAUCACAUAAGAAACUCAGAGAGAUUAGUAGACGACCAGAUUAGCAUUGCCAUCGCAACAAAGGAAAAUCUUUCAUCGCAGAAGAAGAUCUUGGGCACAAUUACACAGAAAAUGAACUCAUUAGCGAAUCGCUUCCCAUUGCUCAACAGCCUCAUGCAGCGGAUUAAUCUGCGGAAACGACGUGAUUCCAUCAUCCUCGGUGGCGUCAUUGCUGUCUGCAUCUUUCUGCUACUACUCUACGCCUUCCACUAGCGUCCUGCUCACUUCACAGCACACGCAGAUACUGUUCGACUUACGACAAGGUUGCAGGGACAAUGGCUGACACACGCGAUGGAGUUCAAUACGUCUUUGACUCGUCGUUGACCCUGACUGAGGACAGGAGUUGUCAGUCAGUGUUGUGUCGGUCAAGAUUAUGUCAACCAGCCUGUAUCACUGAGUGGUCUAACCAUGGUUCACAACUGGAGAAAAUGUGCGUCGCGUCUGAUUUUGUUUUGUCCAGUUCAUCACCCGUGAUCAAGUACAGUGCAUGAUGUAAUUCUGGACACAUGUAGCUUUUCGUGUCUUGUUGCUGGAUACGGAAGCUGGAUAUAGUGUAUCGUUCAGCUUGGUUUUGUAUCUGUUGAUCUGAUUUCGAGAUAAUUGCUGUCACGUCCAAUUGUGACAUACAGCUAUGAAACUGAAGCAUUUUGAGAUCCAAUUGAUGUAAAUCAGCAUCGAUAAACGUUUUUUAAAUAUAGAAGGUUUGUAUUGAAAAGAUAGUGAGUAUGAGGUGAAAUCCUUGUACAACUUGUAGCUCAUCACUGAAAGAGGUGAUGAGGUUAAUUGGGUUUAUGUCAAGGUUAUUGCACUUGUAUAUUCUUUCAAGCAUUAAGUUACAUACUGUGGGACAUGCAGAUGGCCUGUCUGUAGUUGGUUCAUGUUUCAGUGAGUCAGGCUAUAUCAUUUCUUCAUAUCAACCUGUGAGCAUACGUAGGUGGUAUUUACAAAAGAAUUAAUUAAAAUCCACUGAAACCCAAAAUGGGGACAAAGGAAAGCUGUCUUGUUUUGUUCUACUGACAAGCAAAUAGUUAAAAAAACUCACUCACUGUCAGUAAAUAAUUGACCUUUUCAUCUAGGGCACUCACUGCAGAGUUACAUCCCUUGGAUGGGCCAGGACCCUUUGCAUUAAAAGUAACUGUAAAGUCAUUGACAAUUUAUUGAUGGAGAUGAAAAUAACCAGAUUGUUGAAUAAAUAAAUGUACCAAAUGAAAUAGAAUUUUUACGAUUGAGAUAGUGAGGUUCCAUUUGAAUUGUAGAAUCAUGGAAUCAUUGUGAGAAAAAGAUUACAUUUUCCAUAUUUCCCUGGCCCGUUUCACAAAGCUAUCGUAGUGCUAAGGUGACGUAACUCCCAUACUUUAACAUAGACUUACGACAUUCGUAGCUCUACAUUCGGCUUUGUGAAACGGGCCCCAGGAUAGCAAAGUAGUGAUACGUAAUAAGGAAGUGUUCUUUUUCUGUCCAGUGCACCUUAAGGUAUCCUCUGAGUCCAUUGUCUUGCAGAUUGAUUGAUUUCUAGCCAAAUGUGUACUAAUAACAUGAAACAUGUAGAUAUAGAGCUAUCAGAAAACAAGGAUAUGAUUAAUCAUGUUAAUGAUUUGGACAUCAUUAUGGAAAGGAGGAGGAAAGACGAGGGAGAUAAGUGAUGUGUAAGGCAAGGGAGGUAACUGAUGUGUACGACAAGGGAGAUAACUGAUGUGUAAGACAGGGGAGAUAACUGAUGUCCUGUAUCUGAGCUAUGUUGUGACUGUGACUGUCAGUGGAGGCUGGUGACUAUGUUGGACUAUGUGAUAAUUAUAUGGUGGUAUAUCCGCCACGGUGAACUGUCCGGUGUCUCCAACCCUCUGUGUAUAGGCUAUACUGUGUGAUACUAGGGACAACCGAAGACAUUCUUCCAUGGGAGCUGAUCAGGACAGUUUCCUGGUGAUUGGAAUCACAGACAUUUGUUGUGGAUAUUGUGGAGAGCCUGUGAUAACUGUAUCGCUGUCCUGCUCGCUGGACAUGAGUUUGAUUUGUCACCACACAUAGCUGUGGGCUGUCCCAUUUCAUCGUGAUCCAAAUCCGUUACGCGUUGCAUGUGCAUUGUGCGUUGUGAUCUAACGACAAAUGCAACAUGAUUCACUUCCUGUGGGACUUGUCUUCACUUACGAGUAUAUAUACUAGAUCAUACAAAAACAUAAUUAUAAUAAAGCAUUGGUAAUGACUUUAAUAUUUGUCACUGGCGAUAC